CUGCUGGCGCUCAUGGCCUUCAGCACGCUGAUGAUAAAACGAUUUAGGGAGCCCAAAGAAGAGAGGCGUCCCUGGAUGAUAUGGUUUUAUGAUACCUCCAAGCAAGCCAUAGGUGCCCUCUUCAUCCAUUUUGCCAAUGUUUUCCUAUCUGAUCUUACUGAAGAAGACCCCUGCUCUCUCUAUUUAAUAAACUUCAUCCUUGAUGCCACCCUGGGGAUGCUGCUGAUCUGGCUUGGGGUGAAGGUUGUGUCCUGGUUUGUGGAGCGUCAACAGUACAACUACCUCAUCUUUGGAGAGUACGGUGAUCCUCCACAAGCUGCUGCUUGGAUCGGCCAGUGCAUCCUCUACUUGCUGAUAAUGGUCUUUGAGAAGACUGUGAUCAGCCUUGUCCUGCUCAUCCCUGGUUGGACAAAGCUUCAGGAGCUUUUGCUGGAUUACAUCCCAGACCCUCAGCUGGAACUUGUCCUGGUGAUGCUCAUUGUGCCUUUUAUAGUCAACGCCCUUAUGUUCUGGGUUGUAGACAGUUUGAUCAUGAGGAAACACAAGCAGAAGGACAGCCUUGACCUCAGCGGGUCCAUAGAAACCCCUCGGACUGUGAUGACCGAAGAAUCCCAGGUGUUGCUCUCCGCGGACUUGGAUUUUGACCAUCCUGAAAGCGACCGGGACAUCUCUAGGCUCCAAGGGACCAAGCCGAAAGUGAGGCAGGCGGGCUACCAGGUGGUCAUUUAACCAGCUGGAAAUCAAGUGAAACGGAGAAAGUGCCAACAAAGAAAAUAGUGAAAGCUGUUGUUGAACUCUGCCAGAGGGCUGGGUAGGCGUGAUAGUCUCUUGUACCCGUGAAUGGAGACCAUAUACUAACGCUACCCCGAUGGACCUUUUGAGAAGUUACUUUUUUUCCCCCAAUGAUGUAUUUGUACAUUCUGCAUUCUUGCUGCCUGGUAUGGUGGCUGGCACUGUGUAUACAUAGUGCCCGUACCUGUAUUUGUCUCCCAAGCACAGCAAGGGUAGAAUUAAUAGUUGCAUUUCUCUGGCUGGCCAGCUGGUUUGUAGUUUGUCAGGACUGAGGCAUAAAGGAAAGCUCAAUCUUUUUAUAAGAAGAGAUCUUUAUCAUGUAUUAGCUCUACUGGGCCACUUUUUAUAUGCACAGAUACUUGACAUGACUUGACUUUGUAAAAAUGUAUUUAAAUGUCCUUUUUGGGGGAUAAGGCUGAUUGGACCAGUGAAUGACAUGGGUGUCUGUUUGGUUUUUCUUUUUACUGUUUUAUACGGAUGGUAAUAAAAGCCUGAUUUUUGAAAUUG